UCCUGAACUCACCUCUUCUCCACCACACACAAGCUCGCUCGCUCACUCGCUCUCGGUCUCUCUCUCUCUCUCUCGCAUUUGUAUUGCUCAUGGAGGAGCUCGACGCCGACAUGGUGGCUGACUUUAAGGAGGCAUUCUCGGUCUUUGACGUCGACAAGGUUGGCUCCAUCACCGCCGGCCAGCUCCGCCAGCUCCUCGCCGCCGCGGGCAUGGAGCUUCCGUCCCCGGCUCCUGGCUCUCCGCCAGGCUCGUGCGAACUGCUUGACCUGGUCAACUCGGUGGUCGGCGACAUUGUGGGCGAGCAGGUCUCAGACACAACCCCGCUCACCUUUCCACAGUUUGUUCAGCUCAUGGCCAACCUCGUCCCGCCGGGUAAGUCCUUUGAAGACGAGGUUGAUGCCGUCUUUGACACCAUGGCCGCUGGCGCCGACGCUGUCUCUGCAGACCAUCUGGCUUCCACCGCUGCCCUCAUCGGCGAUGCUGUUCCCGAUAUCGACGAGCUCAACGAUGUCGUCGCCGCUGUCGAUCCGGCUACAGGCAACGCUGUCUCGCGCGAUGCCUUUCGGGCUCUCAUGCAACACUCGUGACCAAACGGGCCUGAAUCCCAAAUCAUACAUUACUCGCCCCGUGUCGUGUCUUGUGCUGCUGCGGGCGAGGUCUCUCUCCCAUCCCAUAUCCUGCUCUGUUGGGCAGAGUGGCAACGAACUGCUCAUCAUCGCCAGAUCUGGAUCACAAACCAGCACCGCCAGCACGAUCGCCACGGCAGUCAAUAACUACAUACAGCUCCAUUGUC